GACCUGUGUUGUCCUGCUGUCUUAACGCCUGUGAGGCUGUCGACUUCUCUACACACCAGCUGCCCACUGGGACUUUCUGCCAUCAACCACUACGGCCAGCCCGACGUUAGCGCAUGUUCGCCUUCACCUGCAUGUACGCUUUCGAGAACGCCGCCAUGGUUGCGCCAACGCACACGGCACCGCUGCUGACGGGGCUCGUGGCCGACAGCCGUUGGAGCCCUUCUGGCCCAUGGGCACUGGUAUCGCCCGAGGAUUCCUGGCAGCCAUGGACUCCGGCUGGAUGGUGAAGAGCUGGGCUCAGGGAAAAACUCCACUCGAAGUCCUAGCUGAGAGGGAAAGUAUAUAUCGUAUCCUGCCUCAAACCACGCCAGAAAACAUCAGUAAGAACUUCAGUCAUUACAGCGUGGAUCCAACCACACGUUACCCCAACAUUAGCCUUAACUUCCUCAAGCCAAGCCAGGUGAGGCACUUCUGCGACACAGGGGAGGCCAGGGAAAUGUGCAUCGAAACGGAGAAUGUGAUCAACUCGUCGACACCCAAGUUGGCCAGGAAUGACAAUUGUCUGCUUGACAAGCAGCUGCAAGAAUCAAUAGCUAGAUCCAGUAAGCUGCUGAACUGGUGCCAGAGACAAACGGAGGGAUACAGGAAUGUUAAAGUAACGGACCUUACGAUGUCUUGGAAGAGCGGUCUGGCUCUGUGCGCCCUCAUUGACAGAUACAGACCGGACCUCAUUGACUUUGUUUCCCUGGAUGAGCGCGACCAGGAGAAGAACAACCAGUUGGGUUUCGACGUGGCGGAGAGGGAGUUCGGCAUCUCGCCCUGCAUGACUGGCAAAGAGAUGUCCUCUGUGGUGGAGCCAGACAAGCUCUCCAUGGUCAUGUAUCUCAGCCAGUUCUAUGAGAUGUUUAAGGACACAGUGCCACCCGGAGAUAACCACAACAUGAGUCCUGAGGAGAAGGCAGCCCUGAUAUCCAGCACCAAGUCCCCCAUCUCCUUCCUUAGCAAACUGGGUCAGAGCAUAGCAAUAUCGAGAAAACGAAAUCCCAAGGACAAAAAGGAGAAGGAUGUGGAUAGUUUGGGGAAGAGAAGGAAAACCAGCCAGUCUGAAGACGAGGAGGUAUCCAGGUCCGGUCGCAACGACAGGCCUUCAGUCCCAGCUGUCGUGAUAGAGAGAAAAAUGGAGUCCUGCGCUUCGGGGAACCAAAACAAAGUCAAAGUCAUGGCCACCCAGCUGCUGGCCAAGUUUGAGGAGAACGCUCCACAGCCUUCAGGACUCAAACGACAGGGGGACUCUCUGCCCAAUCUGGACCAACUUUUGCCCACUAGCCCACCCCAAAGCCCUGUGAAUGAGCCAGUGCGCCUGGCGCCUGUCCCAGCAUGGAGAAAGAAGUGGUGCAGACCAAGUGUCCAGCUCGGGCUCUCGGAGCUGCCCAAAGAAAACCAUUCUGCUCCCUUCUUCCUCCUCCACUUCUUCGCUCUCUCUUCACUCAGAGGGCUCUUUCAGAAAAGAGUUCCCCGUCAACAUCGGUGGCAGCGAUGUGUGCUUCUUCUGUCGAAAGCGUGUGUACGUGAUGGAGAGGCUGAGUGCAGAGGGGAAGUUCUUCCAUCGGAGCUGCUUCAAGUGCGAAUACUGCAACACAACACUACGACUGUCCUCCUACGCCUUCGAUGUGGAGGAUGGAAAAUUUUACUGCAAGCCCCACUUCUGUUACCGACUGUCUGGCUAUGCUCAGAGGAAGAGGCCCGCCCCCUCGCCUACUCCAAUCACUGCUGAGGAGAACCAGGCGCCCCAAACUCCUACAGCGACCGUGGAUGCCCCCGGGAGGGCGAUGGCAGCGGCGUCCCCCUCGGCCGAGCUCCAGCC